AUGGUGGCAUACUGGCAACAGGCUAGACUCAGUUACGUCCAGUCCUCCCAGAUCUUUGCAAGAGCAGUGAGGGAUGUCCUGAAGACUGAGCUCAAAGUGAAUGGUGAGAAGACUUCUGGCAGCAGCAUAAAAACUAUCAAAGUGAAGGACUAG